UUGUUUUUAUUUAUUUAGUUAUUCUAUUUUUCUGGCGGAUAAACGCCACGGCCCCAAACUUCAGCACCUUCUAUCGUCUUCUUCACUACUCCCACAAUUUCAGAAAACACAAAGAAAAGCUCCAUAGCUCAAUCUCAUACCCAUAAUCUCCUUAAUUCAACCUCCUCCAAAACUUCAUCACCUUUAAUUACAUUGAGUUGAAUGACACUGAUCACGGUCAAAUAAGUGUAAUUUUUCAUUACAAUUCCCUUUCCAAGAAAUGGACGGUCGCGCUCUAACGGCCUCCUCCUUCUUCACCCCAAUCGAUUUAUUACGACCCAGAAGGAAAACUGUUAGAAAUCUGUGUUUUAAUGGCAGACACAGUAAGUUUUCGGUUCUUGCUUCCAAAGAAGAGGCUGAACUCGACCGUUGGGACCAAAUGGAGCUCAAGUUUGGCCGCUUGAUUGGGGAAGACCCCAAAUUAACAUUGGCCAAGAUAAUGAGCAAAAAAACGAAUCCGGAUGUUUCUUAUCUAGAAGUUGAGAAAUCGUUUUACCAGAAGAAGGGUAAGUCUAACGAGGUAGAGGAACUUUCUCUUGAUGGUUUGAAUUUGGUCAGACCACAGUUAAAGAAGGAAAUGAAGUUAAAGGCUGCCAGUAAGCCACCUGCACCAGAUUUAAAGAAACCAAGCCAAGUAGUUGGAAAGGUAGCAGUUAGUCCUAAAGGUAGGGUUCCCAAUGUUAUUUUGAGAAAACCAACUAUUUAUAAUGAGGACGAUGUUGAAGAUAAGCCGUCGCGGAUAAGAAUGAAGCCGAAUUUAUCAUUGAAAAUGAGCAAUGCAUCGACAAAGGAGAAAUAUAGUGAUAUGACACUGUUGAGGAAGCCGGAACCAAUGACUUCAAAUGAAGUUAUUGAUGAGAAAGAAAAGCUCUCUGGUGAGGGGUAUGUUGAUAUUGUUGAGAAUAUUGAAAAUCGAGUUAGUAAGGGAUCGACAAGUGACCUAGCUGAUGGUUUUACUCUUUCUAAGAAGCCAGAAAUAGGAGGUGACAAAACAAGAUUUGCAGAAAGUGAGACGGUUGAUGGUAAAGUGGAGAAUGACGUUGAAGAUGUAUACAUCCUAAAAAGGCCUUUAAAUGCGAUGUCUGGCAUGUCUGAAGAAACUGAGGUAGGUUCAUCAACAAAUGAAAACGGGAAGGAUAUUGAUUAUUCUGCUAUAGAUUAUGUGAAGGACUCAGCAGUGUUGAGCGAAUCAUUCAGUGAUAUUUUGGAUUCAACAAUGAAGGUGUCCAAAAAAGCUACAUUAUUGGGUAAACCAAGAAGAGUAGAUCAUUCUUCUAAGGAAACAAUAAAACUCAGUAGAGAAGAGGCCUCCACCCCUGAAACGGACGUCAGUGGUGCUGUUGAGACAGAGAACUUCUCUGCUAUCCCUGCUUUGGAGGAACAUGAACUUGCUGACUGGACUAAAGCAGAGGAUCUGGCAAAGUCAGGAGACAGAGCCGACGUGGAAGUAAUAAGCUCGAGUACUCGAGGUUUUGUUGUAUCAUUUGGCUCCCUAGUAGGAUUUAUUCCGUACCGUAAUCUUGCUGCCAAGUGGAAGUUCUUAGCUUUUGAGUCAUGGCUAAGACAGAAAGGUUUGGAUCCAUCAGUAUACAAGCAAAACUUAGGAACUAUUGGAAGUAGUGAUGGUGCAAGCCAGCCCUUUGCCAGUACUAGGCAGGAUUCGGAAAUUGAUGUAAAAGAUGGGGGAGAACUCACACCUGAUAUGAAAUUGGAGGAUCUUCUUCAAAUUUAUGAUCGAGAGAAAAUCAAAUUCUUGUCAUCAUUUGUUGGCCAGAAAAUCAAAGUAAAUGUGGUGUUGGCCAACAGAAAAUCAAGGAAGCUUAUCUUUUCCGUAAGGCCAAAAGAAAGGGAGGAAUUAGUCGAGAAAAAGAGGAGUUUAAUGGCGACGCUGCAAGUAGGUGACGUUGUCAAAUGCUGCAUCAAGAAGAUUGCUUAUUUUGGUAUCUUUGUAGAGAUCGAAGGAGUGCCUGCUUUGAUUCAUCAGACAGAGGUUUCCUGGGAUGCUACUUUAAACCCUGCAUCAUACUUUAAAAUUGGUCAGGUUGUAGAGGCAAAAGUUCAUCAAUUGGAUUUUUCACUUGAACGCAUAUUCUUAUCGUUGAAGCAGAUAACACCAGACCCGCUAGCUGAAGCAUUGGAGUCUGUAGUUGGUGAUCAUGAUCCCAUGGAUGGAAGAUCAGAUUCAGCCGAAGUAGAUACCGAGUGGUCUGAUGUAGAAUCUCUCGUCAAGGAACUGCAAAAUACUAAAGGUAUUGAGGCUGUAUCCAAAGGACGUUUUUUCCUUAGCCCUGGAUUGGCUCCAACCUUUCAGGUUUAUAUGGCUUCUAUGUAUGAAAAUCAGUACAAAUUACUUGCUCGAUCUGGUAACAAAGUACAAGAGCUGAUGGUUGAGACAUCUUUGGAUAAAGAAACAAUGAAAUCAGUUAUCUUAACUUGCACCAACAGGGUAGAGUAGCCAGUUUCUUGAGUUUUGAAGCUUUUGCUUUGAAGGAAAAUUUGAUUGUGAAAGGUACAUAAAGCAGCAAGCAGCAUUAGAACUGAUCUUCAAUAGAAGAAUAGGAAAAAUAGUUCUCCUUCAAUUUGUUUCAUAGUGAGAAGAAGAAGCCUAUCUUUUUUUGCCCAAUCUCUUGUGGGAAAUAAAAAGAACUUGGCUACUGUUUCUUAAAAUCAAACCACAUCAUGAUAUUUCUCUUCAUUCAAUAGAAAUUCAACAUCUUUUUCAUUGUAAACUUGUAGUUAUGAUCCUGCCUGAAACCAUUCAAGAUGUAUUAUCUUUGUCUUUUGUGAGUAUCCUUUCAAAAGAUCAGAUGCAAAGGCUUCAUGGUUGGGCUUUAAAUCUUUUGGUCUUUGUGGUGUGAAAAGAAUGGAAGGAUCUUCAGUGAUACUAUUCGACAUUUGAGAGGUUCAUGGUUUGUAUUGGUGUAAAUGUUCAUAUUGUUUUCA